CCGGAAAAAGAUUUGUUUUUCUUCCUGUUACAAAGGUGUCUGAAAUAACCGCGUCUAAAAGGUGACUGCAAACGUGUUUCGGAAAAAUCUGAAUAUAUUGAGGUGGGGUUUUGGGGGGUUUCUUCAAAAUUUACGCUGAACUGAUGGCUACGUAGCUUCUCUCCACCCACGUUUUAUGUAAUCCAGUCAACAUGGAGGGCCCUUCUCGUCGGUUAUCAGCCUCCCGAGACGGAGCUUCCAAGCUGUUGGAGAGGAGGGGGUCAGAAGGGGAUGCAGACACCGAAACCAGCCGGGACACGAGGACGCACUUUCGCGUGUGUCGCUUCAUCAUGGAAAUAGGAGUGAAGCUCGGGAUGCACUCCAUACCGGUGGCCACAGCUUGCGUUCUGUAUCACCGCUUCUUUAAGCGCGUUUGCCUCAGAGAGUAUGAACCCUACCUGGUGGCCAUGAGCUGUGUUUACCUGGCGGGAAAGGUGGAGGAGCAGCACAUAAGGACACGGGACAUCGUCAACGUGAGCCACAGGUAUUUCAACAAAGGCAGCGCUCCCCUCGAAUGUGACAAGGAGUUCUGGGAGCUGCGGGACAGCGUGGUGCAGUGUGAGCUCCUCAUCCUGCGUCAGCUCGGCUUCCAUGUCUCCAUCGAGCACCCCCACAAGUACCUCCUCCACUUCCUGCUGUCCGUGAAGUCGCUCGUCAACCGCCAUGCCUGGUCUCGAACCCCUGUGGCAGAGACUUCUUGGGCGCUGCUGAGAGACUGUUACCAUGGAAACAUGAGCAUUCGCCACACUCCGCAACACAUUGCCAUAGCGACCUUGUACCUGGCCCUGAACAGCUACGGAGUGGAGCUGCCCGUCGGCGAGAAGGAGUGGUGGCAGGUGCUGUGUGAAAAUGUGACCAAGGCAGACAUCCACGCCGUGAUCUCAGACCUACUGAAGCUCUACGACAUGGAGGCCAAGUGCGUGUAGGACGCACGCGCCUGCAGGAAAUCCACGUAGAAGUGCUGCCCGUGUUUGUGAAGCACGAAGGUGCUGCUGUUGCUGCACACGUCCGGCUGUUGGGGUUCAGGUGUGUUUCAACAUGUGCACACGUGUGUGAGAGACGCAAGAGUACUUUGCAUCGCCCCACUUACCACGAGAUGAAAUCUUUUUUAAAGCCUGCAGUACCGCAUUCUGCCACCAUGGGGAGACAUUCUCCACUUGUUUUUCCUAGAAUGUUUUUUUUUCCCCCCUGUCCUAAUGAGCUCCGGCUUUGUCUGCAGCAGCUCAUUACCAGUGUCUGUCACUGCAGCAAUGCCAUUCACAGUCAAAUACAUUCUAUAUCAAACAAAGGAUUAUUAAAGUUCUAAUUCUUCUGUCUGUUCUUGCAAAUGGGAAUAAAGAAGCUUCAUUCUUUCAAACCAAAAACCCAGAACUGUUGUUAGGGAACACUGAGUCAUGAUCUGUUUGACAAAUGCACGUCCAAUCUAAGUUAUUUUUAAAUAUGACCUUUUUGGAGAUUUUGUUUUCUUUUUGGAGCCCAAAACUAUAAAUUUAAAUAUUAAAAAUCUUAAUAAUAAUAAUAACACUAAGAAAAAAAAGUCAAAGAAUUCUGAACGUGAAAUUAAACCAUUUUUGUUUCUGAAAAUUGGACAAGAAACUUGCUGUAUAAAAGCAAUCCAGUUUCUGCAAGCAGUGCGACACAAGAAAAUACCAAUGUUUUAGCACAUGGGGGGCCGCAAAUCCUUAAAAAAAGUCUUUCAUUCAAAUAUAUUGACUUUAGGCCUUAAAAAUCAAUACAUUGUCUUAAAUUAUGUUAAAUUGUUGUCAUAUUUUUUUCUCUUAAACACAAUGUGCCAGUUAUAAAACAUUAUCAGGAUGCGCUGUGUCAUAAGGUCUUGAACUGGUCGUAAAUCGUUUAACCUCAGCUAGUUAAUUAGCUCAUGCUCGUUGGUGCGGGUAAUGUGAAUGAGCAAAUUUAUGGAGAAAGGGCGUGAAAAUGGGCAUCACUCUUAGUGAUUAAAAGUGGAGAUCGCUAUAAAGCCCAGUUUCCUGAAUUACGUUUCAAUGCACGUGUAAAACAAGAAACGGCAGACUCCAGCUAUUUGAUUUAUUUUCUUUGUACGUAACAGUCUUAAAUGACGGUAGAUUUUUUGUUAAAGAAGGUCUUAAAAAUCCUUACAUUUAUUUCUGUGUAUCAUUAGACACCCUGUAACAUUUUGUAGCCAGACCUUAAAGGUCAUUUAUGCAGAGCUGCAAAAUAGAACUUAAAAGCAUCAGUAAAUGAUACAAAAUGAAGCUUUGAUGAGCCAAAUAGUACAAAAAAGGAAACUUAAAGCUGAUAUAAAACUAAAAAUGUUCAGAUUCCUUAAAAACUGCUUCUGUUUUUGCAUGAAUAAAAGGUAAAGUCAACUGAGAAGAUGUGUCUGCUUGGAAACCACAGAAAAAGAAAACAGCCUGAGUGAGCCUGGACGAGAUGACGGGAGGAAAUGGGGACGCGUCAUUUGCUGUUUCCUAAUAAAUAGAGAGUUUCCAUUUUCUUCAGUGUGUGUCAUCUCCUAAAAGUUCUUGAAUAAGAAUACCAUAAAAAUUGGCUGUGACCCGACGCAGACGCUGCAGUUCACGUAUCAAAGCCUGAUGUAUUUUCUUCAUCUGCCUCAGAGCUGCACUGUUGUCCAGAAGCCAUUAAAUUCAAGUCAGCAAGGCUCACUGUUGCAUAUUUCUUCAUUACAGUGAGCACACACACAGACCUGCUGCCAAAACACUCAUUAGAGCACCAAAUGAGUAUCAAUCCGCAGUGAAAAUGGCCCCCAGCAGAUGCAUAAUUUCCUCCUGCUGCAGUGAUGUUUGUUAGAACCGGUGUCCGGCUGUCAGGAAGCCGCUGAGCUCUAACAAGAUAAGCGUCCGUGUGCACGUUUGAUUUCUCCUGGAGAUGAAUCUUCUGUGAAGGGCGGGUGCAGAGCUGCAGAACCCUCAGCGCUCCUCUCUGUCCUGUUUGCAAACAUUUUUUGUUGAAAUGGUAGGUUUAGAGUUCGUGUCAAUAAUAAAUGAAUCUUCAAGCCUGC